AUGGAAAAUUUUAGCGACAUUGAACUUCAAGCCCGCUCUGGACUCGAGCUCGAAAAAAAAUGGACUUCGAAGAGCAAUAGAUCCAACGAAUUUCAAGAUGAACAGCUCCCCAGCUCAGCGCUGCCACUACCACCGGUCGAUCGGGGAAUCCGUGCGUGGUUAUUCUUGGUUGGAGCUUUCCUGAUCGAAUCACUGAUCUGGGGUUUGCCCUUUUCGUACGGUGUUUUUCAGGACUUUUAUGAAACACAUGAGCCCUUUGAGUCGAACCCAUCAGGUAUCGCAGCCAUCGGUACGACCGCACUGGGCGUAAUGUAUCUUGGGAGCCCUGUGUGCUUCGCCUUGAUGGAAAAGUGGCUAUUUUGGCGGAAGUGGAGUCUUCAUGUUGGCCUUAGUUUACUUCUUACCGCGCUUGUUGCGUCAGCCUUCGCCACAAAAGUAUGGCAUCUGAUUUUCACACAAGGAGCAUUGUAUGGAAUUGGAGGUGCCCUCUCCUACAACCCUGCAGUCAUAUUUUGUGACGAAUGGUUUGUUUGUAAAAAAGGAUUUGCAUUUGGUGUGAUGUGGGCAGGAACUGGGUUUGCCGGCGUCACGAUACCUUUCCUAAUGUCAUGGAUGCUCAAGCGCUUCGGCCUCAAGGUGGCCCUUCUGUCAUGGGCGGCCAUUGUUGCGCUUCUUUUGACCCCCUUGAUCUUCUUUGUUCGGCCGCGUAUUCCAAGGAACCAUAAUUAUCGGCCAUGCCGCUUGUCGCUUCGCUUCUGUUAUAACAGGACUUUUAUUUUUCUCCAACUUGGAAAUAUCCUGGAGGGACUGGGGCAUUUCAUGCCUACUAUUUACCUACCCGCAUAUGCUCGCAACCUCGGAGUCCGUAACGAAGCCAUCACCACUUCAAUAUCUCUCGUUAACGCAGCCUCUAUUUUUGGAUCCACUUUUCUUGGGUUUCUGAUCGACAGAUUUCAUGUUACCACCGUCAUUCUAAUAAGCACCAUCGGAGCAACCCUUUCAAUUUUCCUCCUUUGGGGCCUCUCGUCAUCUGCCGGCCUGCUAUUCGUCUUUUCUAUCGCCUACGGUUUCUUCGCGGGGGGGAACGCUGCCACCUACGCUGGAAUUCUCAAGGAGGUAUCCAGUGAUAAGCCUGAAAGUGGCGGUGGCACAGGGAUGGUCAUCGGUAUGCUCUCCGCUGGCCGCGGAAUUGGAAGUGUCGCCUGUGGCCCCCUAAGCGAGAUUUUAAUAAGAGGGCGGCCCUGGGCAGGCAAAGCUGGGUUGGGUUAUGGUACGGAAUACGGUCCACUGAUCAUUUUUACCGGAACCAGUGCCCUUCUGGGGGGAAUCGGCUUUGCUGCGAGAAAACUAGGGUGGAUGAAAUAG